AUGGGUAACAAGGCGGCCGGAUGCUGCGUUGACACGGCGCGGCUGCGGCUGACAACCUUCUUCUUCUGGGUGAUAUCCGUGGAGUGCGAGCCGCACGUCUGCGCGGACGAGCGGGAGUGGCGACGCUACCUCGGCAUCGCCCACACACCCGGCGCGGCGCGCCCCGCCGACGACGCCACAAAGGAGAUCGAGGCAAAGGCGCGCGAGAUCGCCGCGCAGCAAAACGAGAUCAAGCACCCGGACGGCGCCUUCGCCUUCCUCAUCGCCGCCCUCUACCUCUUCUUCAAGAUGUUCCGCCUCACGCCCGCCAUCAAACUGUGGCGGCAUCCAGCACGUGCUCUCGCCGUCGGGCACGCAGCCAUCCGCAUCCUCCUCCGCAUCCUCCUCCGCGCCGACAUCGCCGUCGACCUGGUGCCAAAGGAGGCGGCGCGCGAGGGCGUGCGUGCCGCGCUGGCGAGCGGCCUCGCCAUCUUUGUCGCCGCGGGCAUCUUUGUCCGCGACGACGGCGCGCACCGCGGCAGCGGCGAGGACAACGGCCCGCUCGCGCCGCUGCUCCAGGUGGCGCGCACCAACGGCAAGCUGCCCAGCGGCGCGAGCGACGAGCGGCUCAUGGCGCACGUCAUCUACGUACUCACCGUAGGCUCUGGCGCCACCGACGGGCGCGCGCGCGACGGCUCGGCGCUCACCGUCGAGAGCGAGCGCGGCGAGUCGAACGCUUGCCUCGAGGAGCGCCUCGAGUCGGCCGAUGCGCGCGCGAAUUUCGCGCGCGUGUUCGACUACUUGCGCGUGCACAGCGGCCAGCGCUUCAGCCUCCGCCUCGUCAUGAACCACGCGGCGAUCGACGGCAAGGUCUCGGCGCGCGACUUCUCCAACAUCAGCUGGGCGGACAAGGAGCAGAUGGAGGAGUUUGUGCUCUGCGAGGAGCUGUGGCGCGGGAUCCGCUGCCCGCAGUCGGACGACGAGCGGGAGGAGAUGAAGAAGCUGAUGGGGAAGAACGCGUGGAGCCGCCUCGCCGAAGGCGGCUCGCCUCUCCUCGUCGGCGUCGAGAUCUACAUCAUCUUUUUGGACGGCAGCAAGGAGCUGGCCGCGCUGCUCGAAGAGGUGGGCUCGCCGGUGCGCGGCGUGACGCCGCUCGGCUUGCGGGAGGUCGCGGAGGGCAGCCUCGUCGACACCAAGCUGUGCGAGAUGAUGCCGCAGCGGGGGACGCUGCUGCACGUCCCGCCCGACGCGGGCUCCCUCCGCAAGGGCCUCGAGCGCGCGUGCGGGCGGGCGUACGACGACAUGCGCAAGGCGAGCGCGAUCGCCGCGCGCUCGACCGAGGGCGUGCGGCGCUCCUCGGCGCUCGUCAUGCUCGAGGCGCACGUCAAGCAGGUGGCGCUCUACCUCGAGCAGUACAAUGCGCUGCUGCGCUCUGACGGUUCCAGCGCUCUUGCGGCGCUCGACCCGGCGCUCAAGGCGGCGACGCGCCUCGAGCCGCUGGAGGCUGCCGUCGGCCGCGCCAAGAAGGCGGGCGUGGCGGACGCGGAGCUGCUCAAGCGCGCGGCGGCGGAGCUCGCGACGCUGCGCGAGGAGGCUGCGGGGCUGGUCGCGUCUUACCGCGCCCGCUCCUCGAAGCGGCCGCAGGUGGACAGCAGCGAGCCUCCAGCAAAGCGGCCAGGCCACCGACGGACGGAGGCCGCCGCGGCGGAGCUGCUGCGGCUCGAGGCCGAGGCCGAUUGCGGCAGCCUCGGCAAGGUCGAGCAGGCGAAGCUAACCAAGAUGCAGCGCGACGCCCAGCGAAGCCAGUUGAGAAAGCAGCGGGAGGACGAGGCGCACGAGAAGGCCGUGACGCUGGCAAUCAAAAAUUGCCCCGCCUUCUGGAAUGGCCGUCGAUACCAGCACGACACGGCCAUUCCAGGCACGGAUGGCGACACGCCACGCAAGCGUGUUCUGCGGCUGCGUGAUGAGCGCAGGGCGAGGAGCUUGCCCUUCUCCGCGGCCACGCUCCUGGCAGCCGACCCGACUCUCAUGAAGGCGACAGCACCGCGCGCCUAG